GAGUCAGAAAAAAGUGUGAGUGACCCAUAUCCGUUACAAAACCCGCCAACCAUUGACCCUUUAUAUAUAUCAAAAUUCCACUCCAUUUUCUCACUCUUGUGCUGAAUUGACUUCACCCUUUAGAGAGAGAAAGCAAGAGAGAGAGAGAGAGAGAGAGAGAGAGAGAGCCGUCAGCCACAUUACUGGGCUUCAAAGGGUUUCAAAGGAUAUUUUUUCUUUAACCAUGCAAUGGCUGCACCAGUCUCCUUUGGCAUUGUAACUUCAACUUGAGCAAAGAGGAUUUUUUUUACCUGGACUGGAUGGAGCAGUAUGAGAAAGUUGAGAAGAUUGGGGAAGGAACCUAUGGUGUGGUUUAUAAGGCUCGUGACCGUACGACUAAUGAGACUAUAGCUUUAAAGAAGAUUCGCUUGGAGCAGGAAGAUGAGGGAGUACCAAGCACGGCAAUACGGGAAAUCUCCCUCUUGAAGGAAAUGCAGCAUGGGAACAUUGUCAGGUUACAGGAUGUUGUGCACAGUGAGAAGCGCUUAUAUCUGGUUUUUGAGUACCUUGACUUGGAUCUUAAGAAGUACAUGGAUUCAUCUCCAGAAUUUGCAAAGGAUCUACGUCAAAUAAAAGUAAGUGGGCUGCUUUCUGCCAUUGGAGGACUACUUGCAAAAAUAUUCAAUUGGGGAUAUCUUUCAUUUCUGCAGAUGUUCCUUUAUCAAAUUCUCCGUGGCAUUGCUUAUUGUCAUUCUCAUAGAGUUCUUCACCGAGAUUUGAAACCCCAAAAUUUGCUAAUAGAUCGCCGUACGAACGCGCUAAAGCUUGCCGACUUUGGACUGGCCCGAGCAUUUGGUAUUCCAGUCAGAACAUUUACACAUGAGGUGGUGACCCUGUGGUACAGAGCUCCAGAAAUAUUGCUUGGAUCCCGCCACUACUCUACCCCUGUUGAUGUGUGGUCAGUUGGAUGUAUAUUUGCUGAGAUGGUUAACCAACGAGCAUUAUUUCCUGGGGACUCUGAGAUUGAUGAGCUAUUUAAGAUUUUCAGAGUCUUAGGUACUCCAAAUGACAAUACAUGGCCUGGUGUGACAUCUUUGCCUGAUUACAAAUCUACCUUUCCCAAAUGGCCCUCCAAGGAUCUGGCUACUGUGGUUCCAAGUCUUGAUUCAGCUGGAGUUGAUCUUCUUUCUAAAAUGCUCUGCUUCGAUCCCAGCAGAAGAAUUACAGCCAGGAGUGCUCUUGAGCAUGAAUACUUCAAAGAUAUUGGGUUUGUACCCUGAUUCUCUGUAACCAUUCUGUUGGAGAAGUAUAUAUAUAUUAAUGUGUAGAAUUCUAUGGGUUUUGAUUAUGUGAGAAAUAUGUAUGAAGUCUUUAGUUGCUUUUUUUCUUUUUCUUUUUUUGUUGAAGUUUAGAUUUCUUUGAUUUGGUGUUAGAUGAAUAUAUUGGAACAACUAGAAUCUGCUUCAAUUUUUUUCCCUUUUCUCCUUGUCCUAAUGGUAACUGGCAUUUUCUCUCCAAUUCGCCUGUAAUUGACAGUAUCAUGUAUGAGAAAAAACAUAGUAUUUUUAUUUU